GUAGUGGUUCGCCGUUUAGCUCAGUUGAGUUGAGUUAUUUGUAACUUGUUGAAGAAGAAGAAGAUAAAAAAUGGAGGAAGUUCAAAAGAGCAUAGCGCACCAAAUCGGAGGGGUUCAAAACGACGCCCUUCGUUUUGGACUCCAAGGUGUCAAGAGCGACAUCGUUGGUUCUCAUCCUUUCCAAUCUGCCCAGGAAUCCGCCAAUAGGAUAAAUGAAGCGAUGAAGAAGCAAUGCCUGGUCAAUUUGUACGGAACUGCGUUUCCGCUGAAGAUGGACCUUGACAGGCAAAUUCUAUCUCGAUUCCAGAGGCCUCCAGGAGUAAUUCCUUCUUCCAUGCUGGGUUUGGAGGCAUAUACAGGAAGUCUUGAUGAUUUUGGCUUUGAGGAUUAUCUAAAUGAUCCCCGUGAAUCAGAGACCUUGCGGCCAUUGGACAUGCAUCAUGGAAUGGAAGUUCGCCUUGGUCUCUCUAAGGGGCCAGUCUGCCCUAGUUUUAUGUAAUUGAAUCAUGGGACUCUAAUUACUCAAUGAACCUGCAUGUCUAUUGUUAAUCUUGUAUUCCUUAAGGAUGUUAUCAAUCUUAUGUUGGGUUAAACAUUUCAUAUCUUUCCGAGUGAAACAGGGUUGUCAUACUACUUUAUGCAAGUGAGAUGGGCAUUUUCUGUUCCAGCA